AUGCCACCAAAUCAAACCACAUUACAUGAUGAACUAGACCUCGAACGUCAGGAGAUGUCCGAUGUAACUGCAACCAUAGAAAAUACAAAAACUGUCGAUAAUCAGUUUGUUAAAGACAAUAGCUCGUCACC